UUCUAUCCACCGAAAAAAGGGCAAUACUAUCUUUAUUUGAAAAAUUUUCUGAUUCGUAGAGAAUGAACGUGUCCGACAGUGUCGUCACGUCGCAUCCCGUCGGAGUCGACGAGUCGUAUCGCCCUCUUCCUUCUCUCUACUUGGCCUUCUCCUUCAUCUGGCUUCUCUCCGCCUGUUCAUGGACUGUUAACACCUACAAGAAUCGUCACUUUCAGACCAAUAACUUGCAGUGGUCACUUGCAUCCGUUCCUCUUCUAAAAGCCCUGCAACUAACCUUAUCUUUCCUUUUCUGGUAUUCAUGCUUUUAUAUUCAGACAUGUUCUUUAUGGAUGUCAUUUGGGGUAUAUGUAACUGGAGUGCUCUUUCAGACAGCUUCUGUUGUGUCCUUUUUACUUAUUUCCCAUGGUUAUUGCAUCAUGUCCGAGCACCUUUCAGUUUCUGAGCGACGAACAACUGCUUCGAUUGGCUGUAUUUUUUAUUUGACUCUUGUUGGUUACCGAGCUUCCAUACCUUACUUCUCUGUCCUACUUCUGCUUAAUUACUUCAUUUCCUUCUAUGUGAUCUUCCGCCACAUAUAUCAAAAUAUACUGGUAUUGCAAGAACAACUAAGUUUUAUUCUGGAGGAGGAUGUUCAAGCAAUGCACGAUGCCAUUCGUACAAAAUACAAGAUGUUCAAAAAAUUCCAGGCAAUCAUGCAAAUUGUUGCCAUGGCAGAAAUAGUGAUAUUCUUGAACAUGGAUGAUUCGGUUGAAAUUUACUGGCUUCGUUUGUUAGUACGAGAAUGGACCCAAUUCUGCAUCUUCAGUUACAUUGGGUGGAUCUUUAGGUCACAAGACAUGGCCCCCCGUUUCUCUGUUAUGCCAACUGUUAAGUCUGAAAACAGUAGGAUUGUCCCUCCUAUUUACAGCAUUGAAGUGGAUGCAGCAACUUUUAGGGGGUUCAGCAGUCAUAAUUGGCACAUUGGCGUGCCGACCUCGCUGUCCCGUAGCGGAAGUUCUAAGGAUUCGAUUGUAGUGAUAAUUCAACAUCCUUGUGCAUAUAAUGCCAACAAUCAAUCCAUGCCAAACCCAGCAGAUUUUGUUUCUUCGUCGCCUGCAUAUGAAGCUGAUCAUUCAUGAUGUGAUUUCAAUUCAGCAUUUUGAUGAGACAAGUCAAUUCUUUUUCCCCUUCAGGAGGUUACAACAGAUAACAUUUUGUAGAAAAUGUUGAUAGGAAGUUGUUGGAUGUCAAAAAUCCCUUUUGCUAGGCGAGAGCAAUCCCACUUCUUAUUGAGAAACUUCCAUACGAUUUACAGAAUCAAAACUGUACAUACUUUUCUCUAUACUUCCACAAACUUACAGAUGUAAACUGGUUACGACUAAAUGAAGAUUACCACUCUUUCACUGUA